AUGGGAAAAAGGGAUGGAAAAAGGGAAAAAGGGAUGGAAGAUGGGGAAAAGAGAUGGAAGAUGGGAAAAAGGGUUGGAGGAGGGAAAGAGGGAUGGAAGAUAGGAAAAGAAGGGAAAAAGGAAUGGAUGAUGGGAAAUAAGGGAUGGAAGAUGGAAAAAACGGGAAAAGGGAUGGAAGAUGGGAAAAAGGAAAAAAGAGAUGAAAGAUGGGAAAAAGGGAUGGAAGGAGGGAAAAAGGGAUGGAAAAAGGGGAAAAAAAGGGAUGGAAGAUGGGACAAAAGGAUGGAAAAAGGGAAAAAAGGGAUGGAAGAUGGGACAAAGGGAUGGAAAAUGGGAAAAAAGGGGAAAAAGGGAUGUACAAUGGGAAAAAGGGGAAAAAAAGGAGGGAAAAAGGGAUGGAAGACAGGAAAAAGGGAAAAAGGGAUGGGAAAUGGGGAAAAGAGAAAAAGGGAUGGAAAAUGGAAAAAGGGGAAAAGGGAUGGAAGAUGGGAAAAGAGGAUGAAAGAUGGGAAAAAGGGAAAAGGGAUGGAAGGAGGGAAAAAAGGGAUGGAAGAUGGGAAAAAAAGGAAAAAAGGAAAAAUUAAUGGAAGAUGGGAAAAAGGGAUGGAAAAAGGGAAAAAGGGAUGGAAGAUGGGGAAAAGAGAUGGAAGAUGGGAAAAAGGGUUGGAGGAGGGAAAGAGGGAUGGAAGAUAG